CCCUGGCCACUCACUUUCUGAUGUUGCACGACGGGAAAUGCUUUGAAUACUUGCGACAUGGCCGCUCGCAUUGAUUGCCAAGAUUGACAGCUCUGCAUCGUCUUUUCUUGUUUCGGAGAGAGAGGGAGAUAAAGAGGAUAGAUAACAACAAAAGCUCCUUGCAGUUUUGACAAUUAAACUUCAUAGAAAGAACGGGAUCCCCUCAUAUAGCCAGUGGGAACCACAGCAGACUUUAGUUGUCUUUCCUUUUCUCUACAGAUAGUAAUCGUUAUGUUUUAACGUGAUAUAACGCGAAACACACGACUCGGGAUACGAUACCGUCAGGACCGGCAUCUCUCUUUUCUCGACUGAUCUCAAGGCUAUCCCAUUUAGAGACGAUAUACCUGGACAAGGCUUCCCCUACAAGCCUACAAAGCGCUGCUCUCGGACGGUUUUAGGGACUAACGACCGUCUGCACGUGGACUUCAGAGGAACUUGUGGUUUUGCGAGAGAGAAAAACAUUUCCGAACUGGAUCCGGCAUAAAGAUAUCGACUCCCUGACGCAUAUGGUGCCAGUCACUUUCAUGAGUUCAAAAUCAACUAACCAGUGAUCGCUGGGUGCUGGGGAUUUAAUCUUUCUGUUCAUAACCCCACACGCUGACAUGGAGGGCUUUCUUCGUAGCAGCUUUUUACUGAGCAGAAUAAUGUCUUCCAAGCAAGCCACCUCUCCGUUUGCCUCCGUCGCCGAUGGGGAGGAAGCCAUGAGUCAAGACCACCUGUCCUGGGAUAAGGAGGAGAGUGCCGAGGCCCACGGGACGCCCCAGCUGCCCCUGCACAGCCUGCUCCACAGCAAGGGCUCCAUGGACGAACUGCAGCCCCUCAGCAGUGUCCCUCCAGAGAGUGACUGGGACAGCAUGGUGUCAGCCCAGCAGCGCAUGGAAUCUGACAGCAAUAAAGUAUGUUCCCUGUACUCCUUCCGGAAUAACUCAACCUCCCCACACAAGCCUGAGGAGGGGGCCCGGGAGCGCGGCGACCUGCUGAGCGGAUCUGCGUUCGGAACGCCGGAGCGCCGCAAAGGAAGCCUGGCCGACGUGGUGGACACACUGAAGCAAAAGAAGCUGGAGGAGAUGACAAAGUCAGAGCAAGAUGAAUCCAGUUGCAUGGAAACACUUCUGUCAAAAGACUGGAAAGAGAAGAUGGAAAGGCUCGACACCAGUGAUCUUCUGGGAGAAGUAAAAGGUACUCCAGAGAGCCUGGUAGAGAAGGAGCACCAGCUGAGCACCAUGAUCACUCAGCUGAUCAGCCUGAGAGAGCAGCUUCUGGCCGCUCACGAUGAGCAGAAGAAGCUGGCCGCCUCACAGAUGGAGAAACAGAGGCAGCAAAUGGAGCUAGCCCGCCAGCAGCAGGAACAGUAUUAUGAAGAAGGGUGUUCCAUGAUUGCCAGACAACAGCAGCAGCUUCUGCAGCAGCAGCACAAAAUCAAUAUCCUGCAGCAGCAGAUUCAGCAGGUCCAGGGUCACAUGCCUCCGCUCAUGAUCCCCAUUUUUCCACACGACCAACGCACCCUGGCAGCAGCCGCCGCAGCCCAGCAGGGCUUUCUCUUCCCACCAGGAAUCUCUUACAAGCCAGGUGAUAACUACCCGGUGCAGUUCAUUCCAUCCACAAUGGCAGCUGCGGCAGCGUCAGGACUCAGCCCCCUCCAGCUUCAGCAACUGUAUGCCGCCCAGCUUGCCAGCAUGCAGGUCUCUCCUGGAGCCAAGAUGCCGCCACUCCCCCAGCCUCCCAACAACAGCGGGCCCAUCUCCCCCUCCGGCCUGAAGAACGACAAGAGAUCCUCCAGCCCUAUCACUCAAGUCAAGGAGGAGGGAACGCAACCGCUCAACCUGUCCGCCCGGCCCAAGACGGCAGAGCUGGUCAAGUCCCCCACGUCCCCCACACACAGCCUGUUCACAGGCAGCAAGACCAGCCCCAACAGCCUGUCCAAGAGCGGCAUCCCCAGUCCCCUCGGAGGCAUGGGCCGUGGGUCUUCUCUGGACAUCCUGUCCAGCCUGAACUCCACAGCGCUGUUCGGGGACCAGGAUGCAGUGAUGAAGGCCAUCCAGGAGGCCAGGAAGAUGAGAGAACAGAUCCAGAGAGAGCAGCUGCAGCACCACCAGCAGGGCAUGGAGGCCAAGCUCUCUGCCCUCACAGGCAUGGGCCUCAACAACUGCAGCAGGGCUGACAAGAGCUGGUUCACUGAGUACAUUGAGCGGGCACAUUUUGAGAGCCUUGGCCACCAUCUUAGCAAACUGGGCGAGGAUGGCAAAAUUGGCCACAGAGUCAUCGACCUCACCAGGCCAGAGGAUCUGGAUGGGUGGAAAGCUCUGAAUGGCUCUGGUACCGGAGCAGAUAAACCACAACAGUAUUAUUGUUGGCCUACAGGAGGCGCCAGCACAGCCGAGGCACGGGUCUACAGGGAAGCCCGGGGGAGGAACAGCAACGAGCCCCACAUCAAGAGACCCAUGAACGCCUUCAUGGUGUGGGCCAAAGAUGAGCGCCGCAAGAUCCUCCAAGCCUUCCCAGACAUGCACAACUCCAACAUCAGCAAGAUCCUUGGCUCUCGCUGGAAGUCUAUGACCAACCAGGAGAAGCAGCCGUUCUAUGAGGAGCAGGCCCGUCUCAGUAAGAUCCACCUGGAGAAGUACCCCAACUACAAGUACAAGCCCCGGCCCAAGAGGACCUGCAUCAUCGACGGGAAGAAGCUCCGCAUCGGCGAGUACAAGCAGAUGAUGCGCUCGCGACGACAAGAGAUGAGGCAGUUCUUCACUGUGGGGCAACAACCGCAAAUCCCCAUCAGCACCAGCGCCGGCGUGGUCUACCCUGGGGCCAUAACCAUGGCAACAACCACACCCUCCCCUCACAUGACGUCGGAGUGCUCCAGCGCCUCAGCAAGCCCGGAGCCGGCCAUUCCCGUCAUCCAGAGCACCUACAACAUGAAGAUAGAGCCCAGUGCCAUGUUAACCAACGACCCCAUCAUCAACGGAGGGGUAGAUGAGAUGGACAUGUACGAGGACUUUGACGAGGAGCCCAAAUCGGACUACAGCAGUGAGACUGAGACACUGGAGCCCAUCGUCAGCGCCAACUGAGGCCUCUCAACACCUGAGCCGAGACAUACACACAUUCAUACUGGAGAACCAUCCCCAGGGCAGAAGACUGACUGAAGGAGGAGAAACAGAAGAACAAAAAAAAUACAGAACAAAAAAGAACUGGUUCUGUUGAUUUAUCAUUUAGGAGCCUGCAUGCAUAUGUGGCUGCGUCAGAAUCAACAGCUAAAGGUCUUAAAUGUUUCUUACAGUGUGUGAAGCAGUUUGGUUUAGUUCGUUUAGUUUUUUGUUUUUUAUUAUCUCAUUGUUUAUUUUUUGUGUUUUCUUCAUUGACAUUUACACAAUUAGGUUAUUGCCUAUACAACUUUGGAUGACAGGACUUGAAAUGUAACAUUUGAUAUGAAUCCAUAAUUCUUACAGUCUUACUUUUUUUCUUAUGAUAUACAUAUUUUUUUCUCUUCAGUUAAAUGCUUUUAAUAGAUUUCAUUACUGUUUUUGAUGGGAGUUAUAUAUUCUCACUCAGGUAUGCUGUGCCAGCCAACAGCUUGUGAAUGUUUUAAAUCUGAAUUUAUUUGAAACUAUUUAGAAAGCAAAAUAUUUGGAAAUUCAUAUUAACUAAAAACAAACAAACAGAACAAUUCCACAAUUCUGGGACAUAAUCAGACUCCCUUAUUAUUAAUUGUAUUAGUAUUAUUAUUAUAAUAAUUAUUAUUGGUAUUAUUAACAUACUGUACAAUUUUGUGCAGAUGUGCUAAACAUUUCAAGGUUUUUUUCUCUUAAAUAAUUUGUUUGAGUCUCGAGGGAGAGACUCGAGUCUUAGACAAUCUCUUAAUAUCUUAGUGCGGCUUCAAAAUCCAGUUUCUAUAUAUACCUUCUAUAUUGAAACACUCAGGAAUCUGGAGACAGUGUGCUGUGUCUAGGGCAGGAACAGGAAGUGAUGCAAUAGCUUCAGGUGUGGUUGUUCAUAAUGGCAGCUGUUCUCCAUGGAGACCAAUGCGGUGACCAACAGGCCCUUCUCCCCCUGUCCCUCUCCAGCUCAUGUCACUAGCCCAGUCUAACACAGAGCACUGUAACACUCCCCUCACACUCUCUGCUCAUUCUUCAACUCAGUCUUACCAAGUUCUUAAUCAGAGUGAUUGUAAUCAGGCCAGAAUUCCAAGGGGCCAAAGGCAUCCAAUCUGUGGGAUUGGAAAGGCAGCGAACGGCAGCUUUGGGGGCAUUAUAAUCACAAAUUGCUGUUUUACAAUGUGUAGCUACAGUACAUUCGGUUGAACACUUUAGCCCCUACUGGAGCGGCAAGUUUUAAAGUCUUUGGUCUUACAUUUUUUUUGUUAAAUCUUAAGUAUUUUUUCAACAUUGUAAAUCUUAAAUUGACACGAGAAGGUCUUAAAGCAGAGUUAACUACUGCAGCAGUCUUAAGAGAAGAGGCAGUGUGUGAGGGAAUAACAUCGUGUUUUUAUUAAAGGAGGGUUACAGACAAAGUAUUACAUUCUAACAAGUCAUAUUAAACACAACAGUAUUUCAUUCAUAAGUCACACCAGAUAUGAGAUGGUGAUUCUCUACAUUCAUGCACUUAGAUAUUAACACUUACUACUUCAUUUUUCAACUAAGUUAAUAUUUUAUAUUGAACAAAAUUUGUGUUGUUUUAUAAUGACCAGUUGCCUAUUUUAUAUAAAGUUAAACUUAAGUAUUUUAGAGCAAUUGAAAAUGCACUUCUGUAUUUUAUUUAUAUACAGACAAUGAAUAUGACAUAUAGCACAAUCAGUCAGCUCUUAAUCUUGUGACAAUCAGUCACAAACUCAAAGUCCUUUACCUCUUGAAUGUUUUUUUUUUACCAGCUGAACAGAUCCCAGGUUGUUACCUAUGGAGAAACAGCUAGAGAUGGCCAGCAGUCAAGGCCCUACUGUCCAUAAUACAGCCCUCCUACAGGCCAGAAGGACUAAGUGCCUCCCUCUCUGCCCUGCCCCUGCCCUGUCUCGACCCCUGCCCAUGGCAACCCCCACACCCAGGGGGUGCCAUCUGGCUCAGAGUGGCAGACAGCGCUAGGCUGGGGAGAGGAGAGAGGGGGAACAAUAAGGACGGGGCACGUAGAGCUUAUUGUGCUCUCCAUCAAAGCACAGACAGUGAGGCCUCCACCCCGUCUCCCACCCUGGCCCAGCCACUAGGCGCUGGCGAGCAGAUGGAACAAGUACAUCAAGCUGUGGGGGAUUAUUAAAAUGACUGACGAGUGGAUAUCAUCUCAAAUGCAGCAUUAUUAAUGCAUGAGCCCGGCUAUUCUCCUCCCGUGCCCUUGAACCUGUCCAUUUCAGACCAAGCCCAGAGGUUUCAAAUGAUCUAAAUGGCUGGUCACCAGUGCUGUCUGUCUGCAUGGCCAGGACUCCCUCCUACUGCUGGUCACUGCAUUACUCUCCCAGGUCUAAUUGAUACAGAUGGCUCUUUAGUACUUUUAAUUUUACUCGACCCAUUCAGAGCUGGAUUUUAUUGUGUUGUGUCCACGUUUGAAAGCAUUUAUCUUAAGUCUUAGAAGUUUUUAAGCACCUCAUUAUUCAUUUCCAUUUCAGUUUCUUUUUCUUUUUUUGGUUGGUUGGUUUCUUUGUUGCUAUUGUUGUUUUAAGGUACAAUGCUUUUUUCUAGGAUUUCCUCCCAUACACAAACCUAAACGGAUUUCCCUCCAGGUCAACAUGUCUAGGUUUUUAAGCUGUUACUUCUGUUUGCUGGUUGAUUGGUUGAUUUGUACGUGAUUUGUACAUAUUUCUAUGUCCAUGCCUAACCAAUUCAGUGUGCUGGUAGUUACAAAAGGACUGUUGAUAGGACUGAAACUUGACUGCGCUUGUAUAACAAAAAAAAAUACAAAAAAACGAAGAACUUAUAUCUCGCAAGGAGUCAAAGUGUUAUAAGCACUGGAUAUAAAUUGUAUUUUUAUCAAUUCUGACUAAUGUGAAGCUGUUGUACCAGAAAAAAACCUGAAUGAACAAAAGUCACGACGACUUGGACUCGUGGGCUCGUUCUCACAAUUACCAGAUUUGAAUAAUUUUUCAGUCUACUUGUUUUGUUUAUUUAUGCAAAGACAUGUGUAGUGAAUGAAUACUUUGUCUAAGCUCCAGGGCCACCAAGGGGAGAGAGACAGCGCGCGAGAGACUGAGCAGUAAACUCGACAGAAGGCUUGCAUAGUAACUGGUUAGCUGAGAAACACCGGAUUUCAGACACGCAUUUUAUUGGUCACAUAUGUUUUGUGUUGUAUAUUGUAUUUGAAGCUAUAUAGUGAGUAUAGACAUUUUAUUGUAUUUAUUAGCCACUGGUGGCUCUAAAAUUGUCAGUAGAACAUAAUGAAAGGACAAUCAGAGAGAGAAAAAAAGAUGUUUAAUGAAUUGGAGCUUCAUUUUUCAGUAAAUUCACCAUUUCAUUAUAGAUUUUAUUGUAAAUACAACAUAGGAAAUAGAAUUAUAUUUUUGUUCAUAAGUACUUAGUGAAGUAUAAGUUAUGUAUUUGACUGUUAUUUUUUUCUUCCUUUUUUACAUUAGUGUAUGUUGAACCAUGUUCUUAAAACUGACAGGACGGAGCUGUAGCUGAGAUAGACAGACAGGCCCCUUCUUGCUAGCGUUUCAAUGACCUCCCUCAGACAAUUCAAGGAGCCAAUCAAAACCCAAGCUGUACUCCUUAGCCUUGGACAAACAUUAAGGACAAACGUUUUUUUAAAUAAAUAACUUCAUUUUUAUCUAAUUACAUGCACAGUUGGUACAAAUAAAGUAUUCUGUAUCUUUCAUAGGGACAGUGCUAAAAUUCAUCUGAACAACAAGCAGUUAAGAUGUAUCCGUUUUUAUUAUACAACUUGCGUUUGCAAUCAUGACUCAAUCCUAGCGACAUACCUUAUCACUUGUGUUUUGUGUUUUUCACAGCCCUCAGUGGUUAUACUGUUAUGUGUCAAAUUUGAACGGAGAGGUUGAUAGUAGCAUAAAUGAAUAGCUACAUUUUAAUUGCACAUCCGCAUGCAUUUGUUACAUUUAAAAUUAGAAUGACCCAAGAGGAUUUUAUUCAUUGGCAAUUUUACACAAGUUCUUGGGGAGCUGAAAUUGAAGGGAGUGUGCAAAUAUUUAUUAGUUUUAACGUGGCACAAUGCAGAGCCACUCGUGUGUAUUCUAGGCCUAUACUCUUUUUGUCCUUUUCUAUGUGUUGCUGACCUUUUUAAAGGUAGCCCAUCCAGCCAUCAGCAAAGUGUAGUCAUGACCUUUUCUAUUAAUCCAUCUGUCUCUCAGCCAUGUAAAUGCGAACAAGAUUCAACAACUGAAGACUAAGCUUGUAUGCUGUUUCAAUAACUUAAUAACUGUAAUUAUUUUUUCUGUCAUUGAACUUUGUGAUGUAUAUGGUGGGAAUGUUCUCUGUGUUAAUUUAAUUAGCACAAUUCACUGACAUGCUGGACUGACAUGCUAGCUGCUGUUCAGGAGUGUAACAUUUGCUGUUGGGGACAACUUAUACAGUUGUCAAUGGUACUUUGCUUUCUAGAUUUAUUUUUUGUCUCUCAAGCAACACUGUGUGUGGCUCUUCUGUCGCUGGGGCUGUUGCUGUUUUGAAAGCGCUGGCAGACUGAUACAGUUUUCUGCGUAGUUUUCUUGGCAGGUACCUAGGCCCAUGGCAGGUAUUGUUUGGGCGUAACUAGAGAAAAUGAAAUAGUGUCUGUUGCUGCUUUGAAAAAAAGUUUUAAUUCUGAAAAUGUAAAUAGUUUAUCAUAAUAUCUUGUACAGUCCAGUGUAAAGUUUUUAAUUGAACUUAAAAAAAAAGGUUGCCAUCACAUUUGUGUUCACUUUCUUCUUCAUACAGUACAAAAGGACAGCUACUUGCUGAGGAUAUUAUUGUUAAAUUAAAAAAAGGAAAAGGUACUAAAAUAUUUUAUUUCGCUUGGCUUCAAAAUGUAAACCAGCAAGUCUUUGGUUUCCAUGUGCAGUAUUGACGUGAGGUAAACUUAAGGUGAAAUAAUUCUACAGUGGUAUGUAUUGGAGACCAGUCUCCUCUGUGUUGGUAGUAUUAAUACACUAUAUCAAAUAAAUACACCAGAUGACUGACACAUUUGGGUGUAUCUAGGCACCUUAGUAAUGUGUGCAAAUAUCUAGGUUGUGUUCCCCACAGGAUGCAUUCAGGCAUAUUGUAAUGUAACAUCAUCUUUCUAUAUGUACUCAAUCCAUUGAUGUAACAAGGCAGGAAUGGGUUGUUUAACUGCCUGUUUAAGCUCAUUUACCUCAAGAGUUUCCUCCUUUUGCGUAAAAGAGUAAGAAAUUGUGUGACAAAGUCUCACCAUCACUCCCAUCUUUUGUACUGCUGUUGACACUUACAAAUUAAAGAGACAUUUUGUUUUAA